AUGAACAAAUAUUAUGAAAGAGCAUUAAAAGAAACUAAUGCCACAACGGCUGAGCAGAUGCGUGAAGUGGCCAAAUACUGCAUUAUCGAUGCUCUUAGCUAUCAGCGGUUAAUGGUCAAGCGUAAUGUAAUCAAUGAAUAUAGGGAGGUUACGAGUAUAGCAUUUAUAUCAUUAUUCAAUACGCAUUAUUUUGCAAUAGGAAUGAAAGUGCGUAAUCUUUUAAGUGCCAGUGUGUGGCAGGAAGGAAUUUUAACCAGUACAAUUUCAUGUGAACAGACAGAAACAGAAAAAUACCCUGAAGCCUAUAUUUUCCCACCAGUAAAGGGUCUUGAAAAUAGACGACCUGUAACCGGCUUAAACUUUGCAUUAUUAUACCCAAGCCUUAUCAUGACAUACAAUUUUUCACCUGAUAAAAUCAUUUUAUCUCGAGAGCAUGCCGAAACUCUAAAGAAAAGCGAGCAUGGAAACCAAGCUAAAAUGAAAAGCUUUUAUCUAAAAGUAUUAGAGGAGUUGCUUAUUAGACGAAAUGCUUUAAAAAGACGUCUGGCUCCAUUAAAUGAUAGAAAAGAAGAAUUAGAAAAGGAGAUUAGUUUGGCGGAAGCAAAGAGUGAGGAUAUUACAGAUGGUUUAAAAUCUGAAUACUCUUCAGUUUGCUUCAAUGAUGCCUGUCUAGACACAAAACAACUUGCUUUAAAAGUAUAUAUGAAUACGUUUUACGAUGAAGUCGGGAAUAGCAGGUCUCCUUUCUUCUUGCAAGCAUUAGCAGGUGGGGUUACAUCAGCUGAUUUCUUAUAUCUUGUAUGUCUAGAAGAGUGCUUUCAGGAAUGUGAUGAGGCAUAUGACAGUGGUAAUGGGAUCUUGAAAGAAGAAUAUUGGUCUAGAAUGGUGAAUAUCUCUAUAAAAGAAAUAGAAAGACUUCACGAUGAAGUUAAAGUCUUUCUCAGAAAUGAUAAUGGAACAUCUUAUCUCAAAAUGGACGUUCUUAGGGAAACCAUAAAGGAUAUUUCUCGAACAGAUCAUAAUGAAAUAAUUAAAACUACUGUGUGGAAGCCCGAUAAAGAUAACAAGAAACCAGGUGAGCGCUUUGAAUAUGUUAUGGUUGAGAAUAAUUUAUCAGAAAGAGUAAGGGAUAAAAUUGAGUACCCAGAAGUAGCAAGAUGA